GACCUAUGACCACUUUCCAGCUUUCUGAGAUUUUUGAUUAUUCGGAUCCACUCAUAGCAUAGAAUUUUAUGGGUAGUCAAGUUUCAUAAAAUGUUAAAACAAAUGGUGUGGAUUACAGCAGGAUUUACCCUUCUUUUAGCAGUGGCUGUAGGCGUAAAACAGUUGUCCAGCAACGACGUGAAAGAUGAAUCUGGUGAUAAAUAUCAUCUUUAUCCAGCAUGCAUGACACUUUUGAGAUCACAAGUCAAUGUAGAAAUGCACGCUAGUCUUGUCUAUAUGAAUAUGGCUGCCCACUUUGAACAAAAUGCAGUUGCACGAAAAGGCUUUGCAAAAUUCUUUAGUGAGAACUCCAAAGAAGAAAGAGAGCAUGCGCAGAAGUUGAUUGAUUACCUGAAUUCCAGGGGAAGCAAGUUUAGUGAUUUCAAUAUCGAUAUGCCUGUCAAAGUUAAUUGGGGAAGUGCAUUUGAAGCUUUGAACGAUGCACUUCAUUUGGAGAAGGAAGUAUAUAAUCAACUUCAUCAUAUCCACGAUAUCGCUGACGUGCACUGUAAAGAUGCUCAUCUGAUGGACUUCUUAGAGAAGGAAUAUUUCACUGAGCAAGUUGAAUCAAUUGAUGGUUUGCUACGUCACAUAUCUGUUCUCGGUGCAAUGAAGGACAAUCCAUUAGGAGAAUAUUUAUAUGACAGACAGUUGAUGGGAGAAUGAAAAAACUAGCAACAUUUAUGUACCUUGUAAAUAAAUUACAGUUUUAUUUUCCUAA